AUGAUAACGAUGAUAACAACAGUAGUAUUCGUCGCGCGUUUAGGAGCAGUUAAAGCCGAUACGUUGCUUGUCAUCAACACGGACAAGCAAAUCGAUGUCGCGUCAGGUUCUGAUUUCGAGUUUUCGUUCGACAUAUCCGUGUGCUCGCAACAAGGCAAAGAGUACAUCCAAGUAGAUUUAUACGAUAACGGGUACUCGUACGGCAUGGACACUUCUCAAAGACCAGAUCCGAUGUUGAUGAUUGCCAGAGGGCAAACGGCGUAUCCAACGGCGUCGUAUAACGCGGAUUGGCAAAAGUGGUCUUGGCGUCCGACUUGGGCGCAAAAAGACGAAGACGGCUACGAGACCUUUCGUCCGUACCAUAGGAUUGUGAUUGAUAACAGAGCGUGCACGGAGCAAUGUCUGAAUGGAGAUAAUGUUUGCGAGGAUAACUGUGAGAUGGUGAAAUCUUACGGCGACAUAUUUAAAGGUGUAGUGAAGAACGUGAAUUUUUUCACGGAGAAUCGGUUAAACGGAAACUUGAGAGCGAGGUGUUCUUCCACGCCGCCGUGUCCGGAACCGGAUGGGAACGAAUGUAGCAAUAAAGGGGAGUGUAAAAACAUAGAUAGCGUUGGUGUGUGCUCGUGUGUCGUCGGGUACGGCGACGUGGCGUGCGAUAAAGUCGCCACGACGCUGCCAAAUGGAGAGCAACAACCAGUGGACGGCAACCCUUUUUUGUUGAACGAGAAGAUGUGGGAUUAUUAUUCGUUUGAAGUGCCCCCCACGCCAGUCGGAUCGGAAUCGACGAUCAUUGUAGAGUUAAACAGACUCUUUGGUGAUCCAAUUCUGUUUGUCAAGAGAGCGGCGGACGGAAAGGCGAAUGGAGGGAGCGGUAUCGCGUAUGGCGUGCCGUCGACCCAAGAUUUUACAACCAUGGCAGACAUGAACUCCUUUCGCUCCAGGCUCGAUUACCAUCACAUUGAGUUGACAAAUGCAGAUUCAGGAUUAUAUUACGUCGGUGUGUUUAACAACAAUCAGUAUUUGAAAGAGGUUUCCAAGUACUAUCUUCGUGCGAGAUGGAAUAACAACGGCGCCGGAGUGGAAACGCCGAUGUGUCCUUUCGAUUGUUUCGGCGACAGUCACGGCACGUGUGACGCGGAUAUUCCGAACGGGAAGAGCGUGUGUACGUGUGAGGUAAAUUCUUAUGGAGGAGAAUAUUGUCAAGGUAAAGUCAUUCCGUUCGAUACAGAUGAUCAUCUCGCGAGCGGUAUCGAUGGCGUCAUCGCCCCGGGCGAAUGGAACUACAUACAAAUUGAUACCGCGUUUUUUCCAGACGCGACUAAAGAUGGUUUGCGAGUGAUUUUCUCCUACCAAGGCAAUGGACACCCGUUACUGAUUGUGAAGUACAAUGACUACCCCUCGUACGAAAACGCAGAUGACAUCUUAUCUAGCUCGCGGAAUAUGCGAAGCCCGACGGAAUAUCACAUUCCCGCGGACAUCAUGAGCAGAAGCGGCGUGUAUUACAUCGGCAUUUUGAACAUCAACUAUUACGUACACGAUGGCUUUUCGUACAACAUCGUCAUUAACGCUGGUAAGUCCUCGAGCACGAAGCUUCCGAAUUUCAUCUCUGUAUCUUUAGUGAUGAUUUUCAGUUUGUUCGUCUGCAUGCUCAUAGCGCUCGCGAAAAGAAUAGUUCAAAACAGACAAUUGGCAAGGAUGCGUGCGCUUCGCGCGGCUCAAAUCGCUGCUAAUCCAGAAUUGGCGUUUACAUUUGGUGGUGCGGGUAACCGGCGGAUAGAACCGUUCAGGGGUACGCCGCAAAAUGUGAUUUCUAGAAUUCCUAUUGUAACCUUUAGAGAUGCGGGUGAUGGACCGAAGCUCGACGAUUGCGAUUACUCCUGCGCGGUAUGCCUGGACGAAUUUGUAAACGGCGAUCGAUUGCGUCAACUGACGCUUUGCGGUCAUCAGUUUCACACGGCGUGUUUGGAUGAAUGGUUGGGGCAACACGACAAUUGUCCUUUAUGUAGAGCGCCGGUGGUAGGUGAAGAAGGAGGAGGGGGAGCGGAGGACAGUGGUAAUCAUCGUCAACAACAACAAAACGUCGAGUUGACUUCGGUAUUCCGCCCAUCAAACGACGAAAACACGAACAACGAUGAUAGAAACGAUAAUAGCUCACCGUAUAGCGUAGUAUGA